AUGCCCCCGGCGGGCGGGUUUGAUGCAAUCAAGUACAAGCGCAAUCUGCCGUUCCGGGGACCGAGUGGGCUCGUCAUCCUCGGCGGUGUGACGGCGGUGUGCGCUUACGGGUUCUACCGCGUCGGAUUGGGCAACACAGAGAAGAGGUGCGUGGAAAGCAGUGACUGUCGAUUCUGGAACGCCCUGGUCAGGCGGACGGAAAACGUGUGCUCGGGAGGCCCGCUCGCCACGGAACGUGGCUCGGUUUGGGCCGAAGCACGCGAAGAAGGGCUUAUCGUUCAUUCAUUGACGCGCCGAAUAUGGCUACAUGAGCAAGAUUUGCUGACAUAUGUGUAUUCUUUGCGCAGGGAGCUGCAGCGAGAGAAAGUAUGGUCUAGAAUUUACCUUGUGCCGCUGCUGCUGGCAGAGGGGGACCGGGACGCGUACCGACGGCAGCAGGCGGCGCUGGCGCGGGAGAAAGAGAUCAUGAAGGACGUGAAAGGAUGGGAGGCGGGGAAAAGUGUGUACAACAACCCACGAUACCGGCCGCUGGAGUCGAUUGUGGUUCUGUGA